UCUCCGGAGCGGCGCCCUCCCGCCGGCGCCUGAGCCGGGCCGUGGGGGGCAGCAUGCCCGCGCGCGCCGCCUGAGGACGCCGCGGCCCCCGCCCCAGCCAUGGGCGCCCCGGCCUGCGCCCUCGCGCUCUGCGUGGCUGUGGCCGUGGCCGUGGCCGUCGUGGCUGGCGCCGCCUCCGAGCCCCCAGGCACAGAGCAGCGAGUCGUGCGGAGAGCGGCAGAGGUCCCAGGGCCUGAGCCUGGCCAGCAGGAGCAGGUGGUAUUUGGCAGUGGGGACACCGUGGAGCUGAGCUGCCACCCGCCUGGCGGUGACCCGAUGGGCCCCACUGUCUGGGUCAAGGAUGGCACAGGGCUGGUGUCUUCCCACCGUAUCCUGGUGGGGCCCCAGAGGCUGCAGGUGUUGAAUGCCUCCCAGGAGGACGCUGGGGCCUACAGCUGUCGGCAGCGGCUCACUCAGCGUGUGCUCUGCCGCUUCAGUGUACGUGUAACAGGGGCCCCUUACUGGACUCGGCCGGAGCGGAUGGAUAAGAAGCUGCUGGCCGUGCCGGCCGCCAACACCGUUCGCUUCCGCUGCCCGGCUGCCGGCAACCCCACUCCUUCCAUCUCCUGGCUGAAAAACGGCAAGGAAUUCCGCGGGGAGCAUCGCAUAGGGGGCAUCAAGCUGCGGCACCAGCAGUGGAGCCUGGUCAUGGAGAGCGUGGUGCCCUCCGACCGCGGCAACUACACCUGCGUGGUAGAGAACAAGUUCGGCAGCAUCCGACAGACAUACACGCUGGACGUGCUAGAGCGCUCCCCGCACCGGCCCAUCCUGCAGGCGGGGCUGCCCGCCAACCAGACCGCGGUGCUGGGCAGCGACGUGGAGUUCCACUGCAAGGUGUACAGUGACGCGCAGCCGCACAUCCAGUGGCUAAAGCACGUGGAAGUGAACGGCAGCAAGGUGGGCCCAGAUGGCACACCCUACGUCACCGUCCUCAAGACGGCGGGCGCUAACACCACUGACAAGGAGCUAGAGGUUCUGUCCUUGCACAAUGUCACCUUUGAGGACGCGGGGGAGUACACCUGCCUGGCGGGCAAUUCUAUCGGGUUUUCUCACCACUCUGCGUGGCUAGUGGUGCUGCCAGCAGAGGAGGAGCUGGUGGAGGCUGACGAGGCUGGCAGCGUGUACGCAGGCAUCCUCAGCUACGGGGUGGGCUUCUUCCUCUUCAUCCUGGUGGUGGCAGCCGUGACACUCUGCCGCCUGCGUAGUCCCCCCAAGAAGGGCCUGGGCUCCCCAACGGUGCACAAGGUCUCUCGCUUCCCACUCAAGAGACAGGUGUCCUUGGAGUCCAACUCGUCCAUGAACUCCAACACGCCGCUGGUCCGCAUCGCCCGGCUGUCCUCGGGAGAGGGUCCCAUGCUGGCUAACGUCUCUGAGCUUGAACUGCCUGCUGACCCCAAGUGGGAGCUGUCUCGGGCCCUGCUGACUCUGGGCAAGCCCCUUGGGGAGGGCUGCUUCGGUCAGGUGGUCAUGGCGGAGGCCAUCGGCAUCGACAAGGACCGUGCCGCCAAGCCUGUCACAGUGGCCGUGAAGAUGCUGAAAGAUGACGCCACCGACAAGGACCUGUCCGACCUGGUGUCUGAGAUGGAGAUGAUGAAGAUGAUCGGCAAACACAAGAACAUAAUCAACCUCCUGGGGGCCUGCACACAGGGCGGGCCGCUCUAUGUGCUGGUGGAAUAUGCGGCCAAGGGCAACCUGAGGGAGUACCUGCGGGCACGGCGGCCUCCCGGCAUGGAUUACUCCUUCGAUGCCUGCAGGCUGCCCGAGGAACAGCUCACCUUCAAGGACCUGGUGUCCUGUGCCUACCAGGUGGCCCGGGGUAUGGAGUACCUGGCCUCUCAGAAGUGUAUCCACAGGGACCUCGCCGCCCGCAACGUGUUGGUGACUGAGGACAAUGUGAUGAAAAUUGCAGACUUUGGCCUGGCCCGAGAUGUGCACAACCUGGACUACUACAAGAAGACCACCAAUGGCCGGCUACCUGUGAAGUGGAUGGCGCCCGAAGCCCUGUUUGACAGAGUCUACACGCAUCAGAGUGACGUCUGGUCCUUCGGGGUGCUUCUCUGGGAGAUCUUCACACUGGGAGGCUCACCAUAUCCUGGUAUCCCCGUGGAAGAGCUGUUCAAGCUGCUGAAGGAGGGUCACCGUAUGGACAAGCCGGCCAACUGCACCCAUGACCUGUACAUGAUCAUGAGGGAGUGCUGGCAUGCAGUGCCUUCACAGAGGCCCACCUUCAAGCAGUUGGUGGAGGACCUGGACCGCAUCCUCACUGUGACAUCCACCGACGAGUACCUGGACUUGUCUGUGCCCUUUGAGCAGUACUCACCCGGUGGCCAGGACACCCCCAGCUCCAGCUCCUCAGGGGACGACUCUGUGUUCACCCAUGACCUGCUGCCCCCGGCCCCACCCAGCAGUGGGGGCCCUCGGACGUGAAGGGCUGCCAGUUCCGCAGGCCAAGCCCCCAUCAAUGU